GUUUUAUUUUAAAAAAAUGUGUAAUUUUGAUAAUAAUGAUGUAAAUGUAAAAAAAAACUUCAAACGCACUUAACCUUUGGCUUCGAAAUGAUAAGAUGAGUUAUUCAGUCUCGAAUUAUAUCGAACGAUGUCAGUACUAGGGAUGAUAUUCAUUGAACACACAGUAUUAUUACAAUAAGAUCUUAAUUUAAAAUAUAAAAUGAACUUUGUUAGGACGAUCGUGAGAAAUAUGAGCCGGAGACAGUGGGAACCUCUUAAGAAGGUUGGAAUUAUAGGAGUCCCAUUCGAAAAGGGACAAAAAAAGUAUGGCGUGAGUGUGGCACCCGCAGCUAUGAGAUCGGCUGGACUGAUAGAUCAUCUCAAAGAAAUAUAUGACUUAGAUAUUAAAGACUACGGAGACGUCGAGAUCCCAAGCCGAGAAGAUACAGUCGGCGUAGACAACAUGUCCCAUCUUCCAUUGGUUUCAGCUUGUAACAAAAAUCUUUCGGAUAAAGUAUCUCAUGUUCUUAGAGAGGGGCGCGUGGCAGUCACCAUCGGUGGCGACCAUUCCAUUGGAGUUGGUACUGUAGAUGGUCAUUACAAAGUAAACGAAAACAUGAUCCUUAUCUGGGUGGAUGCUCAUGCAGAUAUCAACACUAAUAAGACGUCAGAGUCGGGUUCGGUACACGGUAUGCCCGUCGCUUUGCUGGUGAAAGAACUGUCAGACUAUUGGCCGUAUCUACCCACGAUGGAUUGGCAGAUUCCACAGUUUUCCAUUAAGAACUUGGGUUACGUAGGCCUUAGAUCGGUAGACGAAUAUGAGAGGCUGGCGAUUGAGAAAUAUAACGUGCCAGCGUUUGCUAUGGAAGAUAUUGAAGAGUACGGGAUUCAGAAGUCAAUACAACAUAUUCUUCAAAGACUGGAUCCAGAUGGGAACAAGCCAAUUCAUGUCAGCUUUGAUAUUGACUCAUUAGAUUCAAUAGAGGCGCCCAGCACUGGAACACCCGUUCGUGGUGGGCUGACUCUACGUGAGGCUAUCAAAUUGAUGGAGAUCGUGUACGCGACGGGCCGCCUCAGGGCAAUAGACCUCGUGGAAAUUAACCCGGCUCUUGGAAACGACUCUGAUAGGAAGAGGACAAUCGACGCUGGCUUAUGCAUUCUGAAGGCCGGCUUGGGCUUCUCUAGACGAGGGACAACGCCUCGCGGCGUACUAGAUCUGCCCGUACAGACUUAUCACGAAACUAAGUCUUAAUAUUCAUACCCACUAUCUGUCCCCGGAGUAUUGUACUACAAUAUGCGCCUUUUUAGUUCUUUCUAACGCAUUGGAACCGGAAACAGACAACGAAGAAGUGCAAAAAGUACUUGCAAAGUAUUUCAAAAAAGUACCCGACAUACAAAGCAAUUAUAUUAUCAACGAGCAGUUAUCAAA